UACCCACGUGAACCCCACGUGAACCCCCAUCUCACAGCAGUGUUUCCAAACACACAGUGUGUAGCGGUCAGUUUGGAGAAGUCCAUGUUCACCGCGAAUGGACACGAAACUGAUAAAGGAAGCUAAAGCAGCUGGACAACAUACAACACAAAGGGAGUAGGAUGCUUGACGUGGGAAAGUGGCCAGUGUUUGCACUUCUGCCUCCUGAGGAACUACGUCUCAUCCGUCAGGCCUGUGUGUUUGGCAGUGCUGCUAAUGAGGCCAUCUAUGUUACAGUCAAUGAUGAGGUGUUUGCAUUGGGAACAAACUGCAGCGGAUGCUUGGGUCUGGGAGAUGUCCAAAGCACCAUUGAGUCCAGACGGAUAGACUCCCUGUGUGGGAAGAAGAUUAUCUCUUUGAGCUAUGGCACCGGGCCGCAUGUCAUCAUUGCAACUGCAGAGGGAGAGGUGUUUGCCUGGGGCCAUAAUGGCUACAGCCAGUUGGGGAAUGGCACCACCAACCAUGGCCUGAUCCCUGCCAUGGUGUCCACCAACCUCAUUAAUAAGAGGGUAAACGAGGUUGCCUGUGGCUCCCAUCAUACCAUCGCCCUCACCACUGAUGGAGAGGUAUAUGCCUGGGGCUACAACAACUCUGGCCAGGUAGGCUCAGGCUCUACAGCUAACCAACCCACACCACGCAGGGUCAGCAGCUGUCUGCAGAACAAGGUCGUAGUGAACAUUGCCUGCGGCCAGCUCUGCUCCAUGGCUGUCCUAGACAACGGAGAGAUCUAUGGCUGGGGUUAUAACUGUAAUGGGCAGCUGGGUCUGGGUAAUAAUGGCAACCAACAAACACCAUGUCGUAUUGCUGCUCUGCAGGGAAUCACCAUUGUCCAGGUUGCUUGUGGCUAUGCACACACGCUGGCAUUAACAGAUGAGGGGUUUGUUUAUGCCUGGGGUGCCAAUGCUUAUGGGCAGCUAGGCACUGGAAACAAGAGCAAUCAGGCAUUGCCUGUACUCAUCAACAUGGACAAGGAGAGGAUGGUGGAAGUGGCUGCGUGUCACACCAGUCACACAUCAGCUGCCAAGACGCAGAGUGGUCAGGUGCUGAUGUGGGGUCAGUGUCGAGGUCAAGCCGUUCCUGUCCCACAUAGCACACAUUUUUCCAGCACAGAUGAUGUGUUUGCCUGUUUUGCUACUCCUGCCGUAACCUGGCGUCUUCUCACUGUGGGUAAGAAGAGAAUCAGUUUGGGUUCGUCUUGUGAAGACAAAAGAAUUAUUGCGUAUGGGGAUGACUAUUUAACUGUGGCACAGUCCCUUAAGAGAGAGUUUGACAGCCCAGAAAGUUCAGACCUUAAGUUCCUAGUUGAUGGGAAAUGUAUUCAUGUUCACAAAGCUCUUCUCAAAAUCAGAUGUGAGCAUUUUCGUGCACUGUUAAAUGAAAACGACGAGGAAGCCAUCGAAAUCCAUCAGUUCUCCUACAUGGUUUACCGGGCUUUUCUGGAGUACCUCUACACUGACACUAUUAACUUGCCACCCGAGGAUGCCAUUGGUCUUCUCGAUCUUGCUACCUACUACAGAGAGACUCAUCUAAAAAGGCUCUGCCAAGAAACCAUUAAAAGAGGUAUUUCGGAAGAGAAUGCAAUCACACUUCUAUCUGCUGCUGUCAAGUAUGAGGCACGGAGUCAAGCAGCUCUACAGUUUCUCUCUCUCACACUUCUGCAGAUGUGGAAAACCCAAGAUGAACUCAAGCUUACUUCGACUGUGCUGACGUGGAAGCUUGUGCAUUAUACUGUGCUGGUCUUAAAGUAUCCUUGGCUCAUAGUGUAAAUUCCACACAUUCUGUCCUCCCUGGCAGUACCAGCUGACUUCUGUGACCUUAGUGAGAAAAGUAAACAUCCCACAGUUGAAUGAAGUUGCUGAGUUCAGGAAUACAUUGAGAUAAGAGUUAGCAGAUGUUUAGUGAUCUGGUUAUUGGGCUGUUGUCAAUGUGCUGCAGGAAGAGGCAUAUGUAAAAGGGCAUGUGGAAGCUUGAUACUUCUUUAAACAAACUUCAAGGAUGUCACGACAUGCUUUAUAAAUCAUGAUGGAGCUUGGAAUUCAGUGCAGUAAUUCAAGUAACUGAGUUAUUUGAAGCAAUGUAAUGAAUGUGAAAUGAAACUUUAGGGCUUGCUGCUUUAAGGAAACACUCCAUGUCAUACAUAUCUGUUUAUGGUUAUAUUUAAUAUUGUGGAAUAUGUAUAGGGCAAGCUUCAGUUCCUACUGUAUAAUCACAUGUAAUAACAGCUUUUCAUACCAUCACAAGCCUCUUGAAGUUAAUAAACACGUUGUUUUUUUGUGUGUUUAUUUAAUUAUUAUGAAAAAAAAAUAAUUCAAGCCUUUGGUGAAAAAUGUAGUUACACAACACUGUAGACUCCUUCCUCAAUUACACAUAACAUGUCAACGGAUAUACAUUUUACAUUGUUAAAUAACAAUAUAUAUUUUUUUAAAUGCCCAUUUAUUAGGCACUGAUUAUGCAGAACAUCCUUAUAUCUUACGAAACAAUAAGGCUUCUAUAAUCAUAAUUAGCACAUUAUAUUAACCUGUAAUUUAAUUUACUGAUAUUAUGGGACAAUCAUCAGAGCUGAUCAUAUAGGAAAUUCAACCACACUGUGAGUUAAAGUGAAAUAAACAACGAAAGCAAACGUAUAAGGAAUAAAGCAAGCAACAAAGUGUUUGUAGAUAUAAUAGACUGGAAGACGCCCAACAACAUUAAACACAAUUUACAUAGAACAAAGUGAGCGUGUCUCAGACAGAAUAACAGAAAACUGUCUCGCUGUCUCAGCCUUGGUGUUUCCUGCCAUUGUAGGUGGUUUAACUGACCUGGGACCACAUGUGUUUCAUUUAGACGUCAUGCUCAGUUGUCUUAAAGGCUUUAAGCGUGCCAUCUCCUUGACCUCUGUGGCAUGUGUAUUUGAAGAAAACCGCAGGGGAGAAGGAACAAUGCCUACAUCGUACAUGUUUACACUUUGCACAUUGUCAACAAACUGUUCAAAACGUCUCUUUACCUGAUUUACAGUCUCACCACACCAAACCUAUUGAGCGGAGCAUGUAGCAACGAGCUCCAUAAAAGAAAACCAUAACAUCUGGUAUAUAUAACAUACACAAUUACCUUGAGGCUUUGUAACUAAUAGAAUAUGUCAUCAGCUGUCUGUGAACAUUCUCAGUACUGUAAAUAACAUUAUUAUUUUAUAACACUGCUCAGUCUGACCCUGUUUAUUAACAGUCCAGAUAUUUCUCAUCUAAUUAUUUGGACAGAUGAGAAAACCACAACAAUUUGCUGUAAGACAGGGAUAAAUAGGGAUCAAUACAAAUAAAUCUACAUAACAACUGAGACUAUAUCCAUUGUUAAAAGUGCUAUACAAAUAAAAAUAAAUGAAAUGAAAUGAAUU